GAACGAGAUUUCAGCGAGAUCUUCCUUUUUCCUCGUGUUCCACCAUGAAGGCCCGUGGUGAUUUGACCGAAUAUAAAGUCAUUGGGCGUAUGUUGCCCACUGACAAGAACAGGACCCCUGCUCUGUACCAGAUGAGGAUCUUUGCCCCAGACAAAUGCACUGCCAAGUCUAGGUUCUGGUACUUCGUCACCCAGCUCAGGAAGAUGAAAAGAACGCAGGGGGAAAUUCUUUGUUGUCAGAAGAUCUAUGAGAAGAGACCAGAGAAGAUCAAGAACAUUGGUAUUUGGCUGCGUUACGUGUCUCGUAGUGGCAACCACAACAUGUACAGGGAGUACAGGGACCUGACCGCUGCUGGUGCCGUCACACAAUGUUAUCGUGAUAUGGGAGCCAGACACAGGGCACGAUCUUCCACCAUUCAGAUCAUCAAAGUACAGGAAGUAGAAGCCAGCAAGACCCGCAGGGCCAAUGUUAAACAGUUCCACAACUCCAAGAUCCGAUUCCCACUGACACAUAGGAUCCACAGGAAGCUUCAUGCGCCAAGAUUUACAACAACCAGGCCACACACUACAUUUUAAAUGAAGCUGUUGUUAAACAUCCUGUCAAUAAAUACAAGUCUGGGAAAGUAA